AUGUUCCAAUCUGAGGAGACGUUGUAUGAUGUUGUUGAUGUUGUGGUUGUUGAUGUUGUGGUUGUUGAUGUUGUGGUUGUUGAUGUUGUGGUUGUUGAUGUUGUGGUUGUUGAUGUUGAUGUUGUUGAUGUUGAUGUUGUUGACAAUGUUAAUGUUUGUUUACUAUGCUAA